AUGGCCACCCAAGAAAUCGUCCUCAUCACCGGUGCCAACCGAGGAAUUGGCAAAGGCAUCACAACAACCUACCUCGCCAAACCCAACAUGACCGUCAUCGCCGCAGUCCGCAAACCCACCGACCCAACCUCGCAAUCCCUCCUCUCCCUCCCCAAAGGCCCCGGCACCAAACUGAUCCUCAUCCAACUAAACACCAUCUCCAAACCCGACCACCUCUCCGCGAUCCAAACCCUCGCCUCCGAGCACGGAAUCACACACAUCGACAUCCUCAUCGCCAACGCGGGGAUCAUGCCUCCUUCCUCCAUAGCAAGGCUCACGCGCGUCGACCCCGAGGAGAUCCGCAGCGUCUUUGAGGUCAACACCCUCGGCACGCUGACCUUGAUCCAGACGUUUUUUGAGACGCUGAAGAGAGCGAAGAACCCGCGGUUCUUUGUGAUUAGUAGUAUGAGUGGGAGUAUGGGGGCGAUGCAGAAUAUUUUGGGUGCGCCGAUCUUUGCGUAUGGGAUGAGUAAGGCGGCGGUGAAUUAUUUGGUUAAGGUUUGUCAUGUUGAGAAUGAGGAGAUUUCUUCGAUGGCAUUUUGUCCGGGGUGAGUCUUUUUUUUCUUCUUUUUUUUUCUUUCUUUUUUCCUCUCUCUCUCGAGCUCUCUCUGGGAUUUUAAAGCGAAGUCUGGUCUCGGGUUUCUUCUUGCUGGCUCUAACCCCUCAACGACUUGAGCGAAAAUGGUUGGAAAGACGACUUCAUUUCAUAGCUGACGUCUCGAAUAGAUGGAUAAACACCGACAUGGGUGGCAAGGCCGCAGAAGUAAUUGACAUGCCCGAUGCCCCCUUCGUCAAAAUGGAAGAUAGCAUGGCGGGGUUAAUCAAGAUGUUUGAUAGCGCGAGUAGGGAGGAGUCGGGAACCUUUCGUAACUGGGAUGGAAGUGUGAUUCCAUGGUAGACGGAUUGUACAGUACGUUUAGUUACCAAUCAUCACACUAUUUGACCGCAUGAAGUAAAAUGACGGUAGAGUGUUUGGAUUUGAUGCUGGAAAUUGAAGUUGAAUGUUGAACAU